GCCAUGUCGGUGAACAUGGAGGAGCUGCGGCACCAGGUGAUGAUCAACCAGUUCGUGCUGGCGGCCGGGUGCGCCGCCGACCAGGCCAAGCAGCUGCUGCAGGCGGCGCACUGGCAGUUCGAGACCGCCCUGAGCGCCUUCUUCCAGGAGACCAACAUCCCCAGCACCCACCACCCCCCGCAGAUGAUGUGCACCCCCAGCAACACACCGGCCACGCCGCCCAACUUCCCGGAUGCUCUGGCCAUGUUCUCCAAGCUGAGGACCUCCGAGAGCCUGCAGAGCAACAACAGCCCCAUCCCUUCCAUGGCCUGCUCCCCCCCGGGGAGUUUCAGCCCUUUCUGGGCUUCCUCACCCCCCAACCACCAGCCCACCUGGCUCCCCCCUUCCUCACCCACCACCCACGGCCUCCACCACCACCUGCACCACCCACAGCCUGCCUGGCCCCCCACCCCCCCACCUGCUGCCCCCCCACAGAAAGCCAUGGCCACCAUGGACGGCCAGAGAUAAGACUGGGUUGGCAGAGGGGGCUUUUUUUUUGGGGGGGGGGGGAGGGGAGGGAAAUCAGAGGUGUGCCAGGGCGUUGGGAGCAGGGGCUCCCUCAGAAACGCACUGGAAUAAUUUUUCUAGGUUUUA